AUUCAAUAUUAUCCAUCCUUACUUGCAACAGAUACUUUCCAAAUCUUGGCAAAAAAUUCCUCUGAACCAAGUGCAGUGAAAAACAGCAAACGUGGUAGAACAAUUACAAGUGUUAUGUCGUUAUGGUACUCUAGGUGUUGCAGGAUACAUAUAAUGGCGUGCUUGGGUAGGGCUUUUUUUAGCGUGUUAUAUUUAUCAACCUAUUUCCCAUACAGAUGCAACUUCACUCGCACAAUCUGAGGAAGAGGAGACAGUGUCCAAUGUUCCACCACCCAGGCUCGGUCCAUCUCCAUUUGAUCCUCAAUCAGCUGAGAAACAUCCAGAGCCACAAGGGGCAACAGCAGAUGCAACUUCACUCGCACAAUCUGAGGAGAAGGAGAGAGUGUCCAAUGUUCCACCACCUAAGCUCGGUGCAUCUCCAUUUGAUCCUCAAUCAGCUGAGCAACAUCCAGAGCCACGAGGGACAACAGCAGGUGAAGGAGAGAAUGAGAGGUUUGAAGACGCUUGCACUGAUAUCUUGAAGAAAUUUCCAACUUUUAAACAUUUCAAAUUGUUUGCACAAGCUGGGACAGG